AUGGCGAGGUUUUCUCUCUCUGAGCAAGCUAUGGCUGACGUUCGCAGCCUCCUCGAUGCCGCCUGCACCGGAAAACCAGCAGGUAUACCUUGUGCUAGUACUGUUGUUGUUGGUACCAGUUCACAACCAGAACUCUUCGCGCACUCCACGACAGCGUCGAUAGGGGAAAAUGACUGUAAGGUCGGUGACGAUAUUUACUGGUUGGCGUCGUGUACGAAGCUUGUCACUAGCAUUGCCUGCAUGCAGCUCGUUGAGGGCUCGAUUCUCCGUCUCGAUGAUGCAGACCAGUUGGAGAGUCUUUGCGCGGAGCUUGUAGACCUCAAGGUAGUACAGGAGGAUGGCUCUCUAGAGCCGGCUCGGUCCCGCAUCACGCUGCGGAUGCUUUUGACUCAUACAGCUGGGUUUGGAUACUCAUUCCUGAACGCUAAGCUCCAGACCUACUCUAAGGCUUAUCGCGAUGGUGGAGUCAAUUUCAACGAAUUUUCUGGGUAUAUGGAUGACUUUCUGCAGCCUCUUGUCAACCAACCAGGGGGGGCAUUUGAGUAUGGCAUCUCUAUGGACUGGGCUGGCGUGGCCGUUGAGCGAGUUACGGGCCUGAAAUUAGGUGAUUACAUGCAGCGCCACAUAUUCCAACCCCUGGGCAUCCACGACUUGACUAUGAUCCCUUCGUUGGAGAUGAAAGAGAGAUUCGUCGGCAUGUGGCAACGCGACAAAGAGGGCCACCUCUCUUCUCGCACACCUCUCCUCAGCCGUCCGUUGGGGGCAGAUGCAUCCGAUAGCUUCCAUAGCGGCGGCGCAGGACUUUUCGGGAGCACCCGAGAGUUUGGAAAAAUUCUCGCCAUGUUGCUCCAAGACGGCAGAUCUCAUUCGGGUAAGGUGAUACUUGCGCCUUCAACUAUUGAAGCCAUGUUUACCGACCAGAUAUCAUGGCUGCCAAACUUCGCCAGACGGCAUUUCCCUGCCGUAAAGCCAGAGCUAGUCUAUGUGGCCGAGGCCUUCUAUCCGCCUUGCCCACCGCCGACGCCGCAGGGCUGGGGACUGGGCUUCAUGAUUACACCCGGCCCGACCGGUCGCUCCCACAAGACAGGUCAAUGGUCGGGCUUAUCCAACGCAUUCUGGUGGUGUGACCGGGAACGAGGCAUUGCUGGCCUGGUCGCCUCACAGAUUUUGCCGUUUGCUGACCUCAAGGUUGUCGAGCUUUGGAUGGAGAUAGAAUCUAAAGUAUAUGAAGGUAUUGAGAGAGAAGCAGCAGACAAAUAG